AUGGACGCCUCCUCCCUCCGCAUCUCCAAGUUCGAUGGAACUAACUUCCACGCCUGGAAGUUCAAGAUGCAGAUGGUGCUGGAGGAACGGGACCUAUGGGAGGUCGUCAGCGGUGAGAUCAAGGCGGAACAGUGCGAGACUCAGUUGGACCAAGCGACGUACAAGAGGAAGUCAAGAAAGGCGAUGGCAGUGAUCUGUCUAGCCAUGGAAGAUUCCCAGCUACCGUUGGUCCGGUCGGCAAGUGGUGCAUGCGACGCAUGGUCAAGGUUGGAAGACCACUUCGAGAAGAAGAGUCUUGCCAACAAGCUGUUCUUGCGCCGUCGCUUCUUCACGACAAUGAUGGAAGAAGGCGACGAUGUGCUCGAACACAUCAACAAGCUCAAGACGCUGGCGGAACAGCUAGAAGCGGUGGGGGCUCCAGUCUGCGAGGACGAUCUGGUGAUCACACUCCUCGGCAGCCUGAGUGACUCGUAUCAAUUCUUGAUCACAGCUUUGGAGUCGCGCUCAGACACUCUUAGCUGGGAGCUCGUGACGUCUCGACUGCUUCAUGAAGAAAUGAAGCGGAAGGAGCAAGGAAGUAAAGGUGAUGAAGCUUCGCAAGGUCAAGCGUUCAUCACAAGGGACAAUCAGCGCAAAGGGCGACCAGUGAAGAAGUCCUGGCCGUGCCACAAUUGCGGAAAGAUUGGUCACUGGAUGGCGGAGUGCCCCUCGCGCAUCCAAGAAAACACGGAGAGACACCGGCCACAGCGUGCUCAAGACAGCGGCGACCGCUAUCGAUCACAACGUGCAAACGUCGCUCAAGAAGAAGACUCGGGCGACUACCUCUUUUCGAUCGGUGAAACGACAUCUGCGAAAUCGAGCGACAUCUGGCUGGUCGACUCCGGGGCGACGCAGCACAUGACGUGCUCCAAGUAG